AUGGCUAGGCGGACAAUCGCACCCUAUGGCACCUGGAAGUCACCCAUCACUCCAGAGCUACUCACGAGCAAAGCAGUAACCUUUGGCGAGCUCGCGGUCCCCUCUCUCUCCAAGUCACCCUCUGCCUCUCACCUCAUCUUCAUCGAGAACAGACCUCAGGAGCAGGGGAGAGCAGCCGUCAUCCGAUGGUCACUCGACAAGUCUACUUCCACCACGGCUCAGGUGGGUCAAGACCUCACUCUCGCCAAGUUCAACGCUCGAAGCGGCGUUCACGAAUAUGGAGGAGGAGCAGUCGCUGCCUCUUCCGUCGAUGGCUCCGUCAUCUUUACAGACUACAAGCCCAAUGACUGGGGAGUAUACCGAGUCAAGGAUGCCACCACUUCGACACCAUCUGAGCCAGAGAGGAUCACACCCGACAGUCCUCCCCUUCGCUACGGAGGCUUCGUGCCCCAUCCCACCAAGCCGCACCUCAUCCUCGCGAUUCAGGAGGAUCACACAAUCGACGAGCCUAGCAAGGUCGUCAACACCUUGGUGCUCAUCGAUGCCAGCGCAAAGUCUGUCACCGAACUUCAAUCGGGCAGAGACUUCUACAGCUUCGCCGCCUGGUCUCCUCGAGGUGACUUUGUGGCUUGGGUCACUUGGCAGCAUCCUUCUAUGCCCUGGUGGGACGCAGAAACUUGGGUAGCACGGUUCGACGAGACCACGAGCGAUCACAAGGCAUCCCUGGUAGAUGCAAAACCCAUUGCUGGCACCAAGGGCGGCGAAAGUGUUCAACAUCCUAUAUGGCUACCACGACCUGCUGGCCACACAGGGCCUGAUACCCUGCUAUUCACCUCGGACCGUACCAGCUUCAGCAACCCCUACAAGAUCACAGUGGAGAAGUCUGGAGCUGGCUUGUCACUCGGAGAGAUCAAGCCAAUCCUUCCGUCACCCCUGAAGGCCGACUUCAUCAGACCUCAAUGGACAAUGGGCAACUCGCACUUUCUGCCGCUUGACAGUGACGUGAUUGUCUCCGUUCUGAUCAGAGGCUCCACGGAAAGCCUCGCUCUAGUCUCUGUAUCCUCGGGCAGAGUGACUGAGCUGUCCUCAAGCUACAUUGCCUUCGGUCAACUGCGCAAAGUCUCGAGCACAAGCAUUGCCGCCGUUGUCGCCAAGUCGGACGCUCCUAGUACGGUUGUCGUCAUCGACUUGGAGCAGGCAAUCAAAGGAUCGUCGACAUCGAUUGAUGACCACAACGUCAGACCCAUCAAAGCUUCGUCUGAUCUCAUCUCGAGCGGGCAGAUCCCAGCCUCUUUCCUGUCGAUUCCCGAGGACUUCGAGUUUCCCACCACUCUACCCGAUGGCACACCCGCUACUAGCUACGGCAUCCUAUAUCCCCCGACAAACCCCAACUUCUCGGCAGCGAAGGGUUCAGCUCCUCCCUGUAUUUUCAAGAUCCACGGCGGCCCAACGUCAGCCGCUAGCAAGGCCAUGUCCUUGGAAGUCAACUACUGGACAUCAAGGGGAUACAGCAUCUGCUUUGUCAAUUAUGGAGGCUCAACCGGCUACGGGCGAGAAUAUAUGCUUCGUCUGAAUGACAAUUGGGGUCUCGUAGAUGUAUUGGACUGCUGUGCAGCUGCCAAGUACCUGACUUCCAGGCGCGCUCCGUCGACAGACGAGGGCAAACAAGUACGUGAGAUGACCGCAACGGCUCAAGCACAAUGGAAAGCACUCGAGGAGCGCUAUGACUCCAGUGGCAGUGUGCGAGUCACACUCAAGAACCACAAGAAGCAAUGGAGUCUCUUCGACGCUCUUGCCUUGCCGGCCACAACUGGCUUGGCUGCUCUGAUCCCAUAUCUCCAGGCUGUCCCGACCAAUACCUCAAUUCUAACAGCACCGCUGAUUGCUGGAGCGGCUUACAUUGCUUUCAAGUCGUCCAGCGUUCUCAGCGAGGCCGUCUUUGCGUCACCUACUCUAGGUCUCCAGCUCGAGACGACCCGCGGACUGCAGCUCCCCUUCCUCUCCAAGCCUCUCUUCCAAAGGAUCUCCGCAACACACGUGCCUCGAGAUCGGGUGCUCGACGUCAUGGUCAACACAACGGUGAAAGGAUGGUCCAUCAGGGACUACCUUGCAGUUGGCAUUCGCAGUCAUCCUAUGGGAGCAGGUUCCGCCAAGGCGGGAAGCAAGGCUGUCACCCGUAACCUCAAGGUCCUCUUUCCCCAUCUUGAGCCUCGUCUGCCCAUCGUCGAAAGGAUCUACAAAGCCAUCUACCCGGUGAUCUUCUCAUCCUCAUCGAACCCUGUUGCCAACGCCGCCAACGUGCCGCCACUUCGCAGUCAAGUAGACGAAAAGGCUGAGGCCAGAUUGGGAACACCUCGUAUCAAGGACGCAAUCAUCUCUGGCGGCUCGGCUGGCGGCUUCACCGUCCUUGCUUGUCUCACCAAGCAGCCAUAUGUAUUCUCUGCUGGAUGCUCACUCUACGGCGUCAGUGAAUUGCAGGCGUUGGCUGAAGAAUCGCACAAGUUCGAGAGCAACUACCUGUUCCGACUACUAGGUGGCACACCCAAAGAGGUCCCUCAGAUCUACCACGAUCGCUCCCCCUUGUACUCUGCAAGCGAGGUGCGAUCCCCCGUACUGGUACUCCAGGGUUCGAUUGACAAGGUGGUGCCUCCCAAUCAGGCACAUUUGAUGGUCGAAGGCAUCAAAGCUGCCAAGGGAGGUGCAGACCGAGUCAAGUACAUUGAGUUUGAGGGUGAAGGACAUGGUUUCCGUCAAGCCGCCAACAUCAUCACGGCCCUCAACGAAGAACAAGAUUGGUACCUGACUAAGCUCCACUUGGAUCAGAGUCAAUAG